UACACGACUAAUCAGAUCGUUCGGCCCAGCGCGACUUCUUGGGUACCGGGAUUCCUUCAUUCCGAGCGAAAUGUGAAGUUGCAAGAGCAGGAGCCUCCUGGCGAUAAUGUAACAUCUUAACGAUUGCAAGUUUGUCUUACAUACUUUGAGAGCGCACGUCAACAUAGGCGAGCGUCCACGUAGAUCGACUAAGUGUUCAUGUAUUCGGAGGAGCCAGUGUGUACUCUGUUCGAGUUGAGACACGUAGUUUAGUUUGGGGUCCAGAUGUCCACUACCAAUUUGCGCAAUGGUGGAGCGCGCUGACCAUAGCCGGCGUUGACACCACGUCUGAGAAGCAGAGUUUUGCUAAAAGCAACAACCGAGAAGAUUGUACGACCAGAACAGAGUGGGCUCGACAUGUUGCGGAAGCGGCUUUUGUGGUUGUCGCAGAGUGUUUUGGCGCUUGUGUUGCAAACAAUACCAGGGACAUUAGCUGGCUCGGUGCCCUGUGCUGCCACAAGUUUGGUCUGGGGACCCGGUCUGGAGGCGAAGGUCGUCCUCCCGGCUCGUUAUUUCUUCAUACAAGCUGCAGACACCAACGGGAGAAAUUUCACAAGCUCCCCUGGAGAGAAGACGUUUGAGGUGAAAAUCUCGUCCCCAACAGAACCAUUCUCCCGGAUCUGGGUUCAGGUUCUGGACCGAAACGAUGGUUCAUUUGUGGUGCGGUACCGGAUGUAUGCCACCUACACGGACCUCCACAUCCAGAUUCUGCUCCAGGACAUGGACGUGGCGGGAUCUCCAUAUGUUCUCAAAGGUGUAGUGUAUCAUGAGGGUUGUGACUGCCCAGAGGCUGACGGUGAGGUGUGGGCGGGGCGUAUGCACUGCCCCGCCUCCUUCCCUCAGAUUGACAGCGACCUGUCACUCUUCCCAGAGGUCCAUCUGCAGAGCAUCGCCACGGAGAUCCCACAACGCUUCGGGCAGAGACAGAGCCUGUGUCACUACACCAUCAAGGACAAUAAGGUGUACAUUAAGACUCACGGAGAGCACGUGGGAUUCAGGAUCUUCAUGGAUGCCUUCCUCCUCUCCCUCACACGCAAAGUGAGGCUUCCAGACCUGGAGUUUUUCGUGAACCUCGGUGAUUGGCCGCUGGAAAAGAGGCGGCCCCCGGAGAAGCUCCACCCCAUCUUCUCCUGGUGUGGGUCCAAUGACACAAGAGACAUCGUCAUGCCAACCUAUGACAUCACAGAGUCUGUCUUGGAGACCAUGGGCAGGGUGAGUCUAGACAUGUUGUCUGUGCAGGGUAACAGCGGUCCAGUGUGGGAGCUGAAGAACAGUAGCGGUAUCUGGCGCGGGCGUGACAGUCGGCGUGAGCGUCUGGAGCUGGUGAAGAUGGCGCGCGCCAACCCCCACAUGCUGGACGCCGCCUUCACCAACUUCUUUUUCUUCACCCACGACGAGAGCCUCUACGGACCCCUCGUCAAGCACAUGUCAUUCUUCAGCUUCUUCAAGUACAAGUACCAGAUCAACAUCGAUGGAACGGUUGCAGCCUACAGGCUUCCGUACCUGCUGGCAGGAAGCAGCGUGGUGCUGAAGCAAGCCUCCCCCUACUACGAGCACUUCUACCGCCAGCUGCAACCAUGGCAACACUACAUCCCCUUCAAGGCCGACCUCAGUGACCUGCUCGACCAGCUCCACUGGGCCCGCAACCACGAUGACGAGGCUCAGAAGAUAGCAUCAGCUGGCCAGGAGUUUGCACGUGCACACCUCAUGGGGGACCACAUCUUCUGUUACUACUUCAGACUAUUCCAGGAAUACGCUAAGCGUCAGGUGACUGAGCCCGAGGUCAGAGAGGGGAUGGAGUUUGUGGAACAGCCUAAAGACGAGCUCUUCCCCUGCUACUGCCAUCACACACAGGCCAAGGAUGAGCUUUGACAAACUGUCCUGAGAUCAGUUCUAAAGGCAUCCCCGGACCUGCAGUCACUCCAAAGUGAUUUCAGAUCAGUUCUAAAGGCAUCAUCUGAGCUGCAGUCACUCCAAUGUGAUUUCAGAUCAGUUCUAAAGGCAUCCCCGGACCUGCAGUCACUCCAAAGUGAUUUCUAAGUGCACAUCUCUGGGGCCGCCCCCUGUAUUUAACACAGUAACAAUUCUACUGAAUGUCAGUUUUAUAAUGAAGAUUUGAAUAAAUAUUUUUCCAAUACUUGUUUAUUAA